GCAGCAGCACCUAAACACCGGCCUAACAAUACAGAGUAAAGUCCAUCUCAUUCCAUCCCUCCACACACACACACACACCAACCAAGUUACUCGUUAUUGUAACUUAGGACUCGCAUUGUAAGGUCUCGUCUCGUCUUGUCUAUCCGAGAUUCUCAGCCACCAACAUCCAUCGACCGUCAUUCCUCACGUCACCAAGAAACUUUUCACCUUUGGACCUCUCUCUCACCCAAAACAUCCCACCUAUAGUAUCCCGGACAGCGACAGACUCACACACCCUCACACACCCUCACCUCUCGUUCUUCUUUCGUACCGCCGCACGAUGUGCUUCUUUUGAAUCAAACGGCCAGUGAAUGCCUCUUCUAGCUUCAGGCCAUGCAGCAACGACAUUACAACCCACACGACCAUCCGAGAUGGAAAGCCGAGGUCCCUCGAGAUUGCUCGAGGAACCACCAUUAUCCCAAACAUCCUCUUCGUCGACGUCUUCAACACCACACACAUUCUCAAGAAACACACCCGCGGCGGUGACACGAAAGGAUGACGGUCGCGCUCCCGGCGAGCCCAAGUACCUGGACAAGAGGAGUUUAGAUUAUGUCUUGCGCAGUGGUUUCGCAGGUGGUCUGGCAGGAUGUGCAGCCAAAACUGUCGUCGGACCCCUCGACCGAGUCAAGAUCUUGUUCCAAGCGUCGAACCCACAAUUUGCGAAAUACACAGGAAGCUGGACCGGUGUGUUUGUAGCGAUGCGGCACAUCAAUCACUCAGAAGGUCUCCGCGGCCUGUAUCGUGGUCACUCGGCCACUCUGUUGCGAAUCUUCCCUUACGCGGGUAUCAAAUUCCUGGCCUACGAACAAAUACGGGCCGUUCUCAUCCACAACAAGAAUCAAGAGACACCGGUCCGUCGGUUCCUGUCGGGGUCUCUGGCCGGCAUCACCUCGGUCUUCUUCACCUACCCCCUCGAAGUCGUGCGCGUGCGACUCGCCUUUGAAACGAAACGAGACUCGCGGUCCUCCUUGUCGCGGAUAUGUCAACAGAUAUACCACGAGCAACCACCCCAGCCGCAGUCGCUGGCCGGAGGACACGGCAGCAAACAUCCCCAUCACGGUGGUGGUGGUGGUGGUCCGGUCGCCGCGGCCGCGGCCACUCUCGCCCAGCGGGCGGCCCCGAAAUCUGGACUGGUCAAUUUCUACCGUGGCUUCUCCCCGACGAUGCUCGGGAUGCUCCCCUAUGCGGGCGUGUCGUUCCUGACCCACGACACCAUUGGCGACUUGUUCCGGCACCCGACCUUGGCUCCGUACACGGUGAUACGGUCGACGUCGUUGGCCCCCGUCCCUCCAGACGGGGCCUCGGGAGGCCGUCCCAGGGCCUACCAGCGCAGCCAGCUGACCGCGCCCGCGGAAUUGACCUCGGGCGCCAUGGCCGGGCUGGUGUCCCAGACGGCCUCUUACCCGUUGGAGGUCAUUCGGAGGAGAAUGCAGGUCGGUGGCGCGGUGGGUGACGGACACAGGUUGUCCAUAUUGGAGACCGCGAGGAGGAUCUUCCUCGAACGAGGAUGGAGGGGCUUCUUCGUGGGUCUGUCCAUCGGGUACAUCAAGGUCAUCCCUCUGGGUGCCACGAGCUUUUAUGUCUAUGAGCGCGCAAAGUGGUUUUUGGAAAUUUGAUUUUGAUACUGCCCCACAGGAUUGCAAAUUCCACGAGUUUUACAAGUAGUUGUUUGCAAAGCAAGCACCUGUACAAAUGGCAAAAACGUUUGGUAACGGCAGACUUGGAGGGACGAGAGAGGUUGAAGAUUGACGAUCCUUCUUCGUUUGUAAGAAAAAGAGGAAGGAUGUGGAACAACAUGGUUGCUGAUACAUCAUGUCAGGUGGUAUAUACCUAGGUAUAUAUACUUGUAUACCGCACCCUACCUAGGGUCUCUUUUUUCUUUCUUUUUCUUGGAUCGGUAUCGGUACGGAAGAAUUCUUGAGUGACGUGCAGAGUACGUAUAUAGGUAUAUUCUCAUUGGGACAGCAAUACCACCAUUGUUUCAACAAUCACCACCGUCGAGCAC